AUGGAUACAAUCGACGUCAUUGUCUUUUUGGCACUGCUUUUCGGUGUAGCACUAUAUCUUCAUAGAGCAACAAUAAAGGAUUUAUUCUUUUCUAAUGAUGACGAAUUAAAGGCCAUCAACUCAUCUGGUUCUCGUGAUUUACUCCAAGUCCUAAAGGAAAUGAACAAAAAUUAUUUAGUAUUAUACGCAUCACAGACUGGUACUGCUGAAGAUUAUGCUAAGAAAUUCUCCAAAGAAUUGAUCUCAAAAUUUGGAUUAAAAGUUAUGUGCGCAGAUAUUGAAUCUUAUGAUUAUGAUUCCCUUUUCCAACUACCUUCUAAUAUUGUCAUUUCAUUUUUUAUCUCUACCUAUGGUGAAGGUGACUUCCCAGAUGGUUCAUUCUCUUUUGAACAAUUCCUUACCACUCAAAUUGAUGAUGAGGAUAAUUCAUUAACCAAUUUACAAUUUACAAUGUUUGGCUUGGGUAAUUCUACUUACGAAUUCUUCAAUGGUGCUGCAAAGAAAGCUGUUAAAUACUUGAAAGGUGCUAAUGCAAAUUUAUUGGGUCCAUUCGGUGAGGCUGAUGAUGGUUCUGGUACCACUGAUGAAGAUUAUAUCUCAUGGACUGAAUCUGUCUUGGAAGCUUUGAAAACCGUCUUGAACUUAGAUGAACAUGAUCAAACUUUCGAACCAUCCUUUAAGUAUGAAAUUUUAAAUGAGAUUAAUGAUACAGUAUCAUUAGGUGAACCUUCUUUACAGUAUUUACCAAUAAAUGCAGGAAAACAGAACGGGAUAUCGUUCAAUGAAGAAGGUAUUCAAGUGGGUCCCUUUGAUCAAACACAUCCAUAUAUUGCACCAAUAACUUUCUCUAAAGAAUUAAUUAAACAAAUUGGCGAUUCCAAAUUAGACAGAAACUGUGUACAUGCCGAAAUAGAUAUUUCUGGUUCCAAUUUGAAAUAUUCUACUGGGGAUCAUGUUGCCUUUUGGCCAUCUAAUGCCAUUGAAAAAGUCAAUCAGUUUCUAUCUAUAUUCAAUCUAGAUGGUGACUUAAUUUUCAAUUUGACUCCAUUAGAUAAUACAGUUAAAGCGCCCUUUUUAACCCCAACUACUAUCCGUACCGCAAUAAGUCACUAUUUAGAAAUUACUGGUCCUAUUUCAAGACAAUUUAUAAGUCAGUUAGUUCAAUUUGCUCCAAAUGAAUCCAUCAAGGAAAAAUUAAUCACAUUGUCAAAAGAUAAAUUGAAAUUCGCACAAGAAAUUACAUUUAAAAAUUAUAAUAUUGCUGAUGCUUUAGUAUAUUUAUCCGAUGAUGCGAAAGAUGUGAAAUGGGAUUCUGUACCAUGGAAUUUCCUUAUAGAAACUUUACCACGCCUUCAACCACGUUAUUACUCCAUUUCAUCCUCAUCAUUAAGCGAAAGACAAACUGUUCAUAUCACAGCAAUCGUUGAAGACUCAAUAAAUGAAUUGACUAAUGAAAGAACCUUAGGUGUAACUACUAACUUAUUAAGAAAUAUAGAACGCGUUCAAAAUAGUAACAAUGCUGAUGCCGAGUUAUUACCUGUUCAUUACGACUUAGACGGACCAAGGAAUUUAUAUCAACAUUUUAAAUUACCGAUCCAUAUUCGUCGUUCUACUUUUAAAUUGCCAAGUAAUCCAAAGACACCUGUCAUCAUGAUUGGACCCGGUACAGGUAUAGCGCCAUUCCGUGGAUUUAUUCGUGAGCGCGUUAAAUUCAUGGAAAAUAAUCCUGAUAAUAUCAAACUUGGUAAACACCUCUUGUUUUAUGGAUCAAGAAAUGAAAAUGAUUUCUUGUAUAAAGAAGAAUGGCCACAAUAUGCUUCUAAAUUGGGUGAUUCAUUUGAAAUGAUUGUCGCACAUUCAAGAAUCGGGGACAAGAAAGUUUAUGUUCAACAUAAAGUUAAAGAAUAUGGUGAAGAGAUAUUCAAAUUAUUGAACGAUCAAUCUGUAGGUGGUGCGUUCAUCUACGUGUGUGGGGAUGCUAAAGGGAUGGCUCAAGAUGUUCAAACUACAAUAGUUGAAAUAUUGGCUCAUUAUCAAGAUAUUUCCAUUGUAGAUGCGCUUGAAAUUGUCAAGGCAAUGAAGACUACAGGAAGAUACCAAGAAGAUGUUUGGUAA